AUGGACUCAAACAUAGACCCCGAGGUUGCUAAGAGUCAACCUGUUCAUGAGGAUGAUGUGGGGUCUUUAGAAGAGCAGAGUGAAGUCCAACAUACGCCAAACAGCAACAACAAUUUACCAACAUUUGCGGAGGAAAAUAAUGCCUCGCAAAUUAUGAGCUCGGGCUCAGCAGAGGCUGCGUUAACAUUGUUGAAUGAUCUACGUCCAAACGAUCAAUCUCGCGAUGCGGGCACAGGUUCCAUUCCACCAGCGGAAUAUAUGGAUAUCAUACUGAAAAUGGAGUUGCAGAAACCUGAAAUGUUGUUAGUCCAGUAUGAUCCCGAUGGGAAACCAUUGAGACUUGGACGUCCUCGGAAACACAUUACGAGGCCCCCAUCACCUCCCGAGACAUCUUCUGAUCAGAAUUAUAACCAAUCAAUAAUGUCAAAGUUUAGAUUCGACUCGCAGCCAGUUGAAGGUCCGGGAUCUCGAGGAGGCAAGAAUUUGAGAAAAGAAACUCGUGGCAAGAUUACGCUGGAUGCAGUGAAGAAGAGACAGCAGUCGAUUCUCAAUUUCGCUGUAGCGGAGCCCAACCCUGCAAACAGCGAGGCUACAAAUGUACCGACCGAAGGUGAGAACAAUGACCACAAGCAAGAAAACAAUCCAGUUAAAUUGUUUAUUAAAGCACCAGAGAAAACUGAUCUGCAGUCACCUGCACCUCAACAGAAGAGACAAAAACUAAGGAACUCGCUCAAUCCAAUGCGGAGAGCACUCGAGAAGCGAAACCCAAAGGCCUUGCCUUCGCCUUUGAUUCCAGUGAGCGCUGCGGAAGACUUUUUGAUUCGAAAUGACGAAAGCCGUUUAGCCAGCAACACGCAAUUGGCGUUGGGGUACCCUAUACAGAAAGCACCUUAUGCUAAUGACAUCAUGUACUUGGUUUUGUUCUUGACCAAGUUUAGGGAAGUAAUACCUUUCAAAAAUCUAGGUCCCAAGAGUUUUGAGCAAGGAUUGUGUCUACCUCCUCUUCGACAACAGGAUGAAAGCUCGAGAUAUAACUUGCGAAGUGAAUUUGUUGAGAAAGAUGAUGAUUACGACAUCUCAAGCGUAUCGCCAGAGAUGGAAGACUUGUUCAAGAGAUUGCUCACUUUGGUCUUGAACCGCAAGAAGGACGUUGCAUCAGCAAGUGGCGCAAUCCUGGAGCUCAAGCCACAAAGUGCAAGAUUGGGGUUACCCAAGGAGUGGAGAGUUUACAGCCCCAGUGAAAAGGAAGCUUACGAUGCUGGAGAACCAGUAGAUCCAGCUCACCCGGAAAUAUUAAUUACAAAGUUCCCCAACGAACCAGAUUAUGUAAUCACGUUCAACCCUUUUUACACCAACGAUUUUGAAUCCAAAGGGCUACGUGGCUUGAGUAAUCCUUUGGAUAGGCUACUUGUGUUGAAAACAUUAGCUCAGUGGUCGUUGUCAACCUCGGAUUCAAUCAAGAGCUACAUUGCUCAAAAUGUUCAAAACCAAGAAUUGCCAGGUGAAAAGGACACAUACUACGCAUCUAGAGCACUUUUGUAUGGAUUCGAUGAUUGUAAACAGGCAAAAGCGAAAGCUGAUGCACGAUUGGCGAAAAUGAAGUCAACUGAGGAGGAUUUGAAGUAUGUUGAUCCUACUUCUGAUCCAACAGCUCAUUCCAUGAACAUUCGAUUAGUUGAUCAUCUUGUCGGAGAUUUAGGGUUUUAUGGGGGAAGAUUCUACUUGUGUAGAAUGGCUGAUGGUAACAAUGGUGGUCUAACCUCGGUAAAUAAAAUGAGUACUGUUUUCAGGGGCCAGGAUGUUGGCUUGGGGUCGUUACCACCUUCUGAUUUCAAACUUUAUGUUCAAGAUACGCACUCAAUUUCCAAAGGUGCAGCCAAAGCUGAUGGAGUAGAAUUCGACGAAAAUGGAAAUGAAGUUGAUACUACAGCAGAUAGAAACUUUGACGAUUCUGAGCAUUGGUACGAAGUUGCAUCAAAUGCUACUGAAUUGAAAGAGUUUGUUGCUUACUUGAGCAAGAAACUCUACAACCGUACAAAAUACAGCGUUGGUUCUGAUUUGCACCAAUCAACAAGCAGGUUUCAUGCAUACUUGUCUAGAUUGUUGCCAUUAAUCGAAGCACAGGAACAAUUGCAAACGACAUCAAGACAAAAGAGGAAAAGAACUAUUGAUUAUAGUGAUUCUCGUGCAGCUGCAAGGUAUGAUGAUGCUUUUGGUGCGGUAGGAGACGAUGUUAUUGUGGACGAUGGGUAUGAUGACGACAAUUAUAUAGACGAUGAUGUUCCCGAAGCUAUCGAAUCAGAGGGAGAUGAAGAAUAUAUCGAUUGA